CCUGUGCUAGAAAAGCAGCUUCCUCAACACUCUUCCUUCAAAGCAAAGCCUUUAUAAGGGCCUAAUCCAUUCUCAUUGUGCCAACAAACAGAACAAAUUAUCUUCUUGUUUUUCUCUACUUCGCCACAAAAUAUUGAUUCCUGCACAAGAAAAUGCUGGACUCGACGAUUGAGUUGAUCGGCAUGGCCGCUUCGAAUUCCCUUGCUGUGUUCUGUUUCUGCAAUCUGAUCAUUGCCAUUCUGCUUGUCGGCAGCUCGAAACCGAGCUCACAGUUUGAAGAUGGGAAGCCUAAUGCUCUUCCCACCAUUGGUAAUGAUGGCUGUUUCAAGAAAAGCACAGUUUCUUCUCACACUGAUGCUUUGAUGGAGAAAGAGGAGGAGAAAGUGUCAUCUGUGAGCAUAGACAUGGUGGACAACGAAGAAGAAACCUCGGAUCAAGAACAAGAAGACGUUGAUGAUGAUGAGUUGAGGAAAAGAGUUGAAGAUUUCAUUGAGAAGGUUAACAAAGGUUGGAGGGCUGAAAAGCAGAAAACAUAUUCUUUAGGACAAUGACAACUCAAUUUGGAGCAAAACGAGUACUGUAUAUGAUUACUGUAAUUUUUCAGUCAUGUGUAUGUCUGCAAUUUUUGAGUCAAGAAACGCGAGAAUUCAGAAUGUCGUAAUCCAUAACUAAUGGACGAUAAGAGUCUUGCUUUUACCAGAAAAAUUACACUCAUGUUUGUGAGUAAAAUGCUGGUAUCCAAUCAAUCAGUGCGCUGCGUGGAGAUGCUGAUUCAUGGAUAUCUACAUUUUCUUGAAUUAAUUCUGGGAUUUUUGCCCACAUGGAUGAGAAUAAAGCAGCUGAAGGAAAAGGCAAAAGGGCAUAUUUUGAUGCAUUGUACAAUUUAAUCUCUGAAAGACUGUCUUCCAAUUGUUUAUUUGUUUCUCCAGGUCAGCCUUUCUUGCAUGUUGUUGAGGGAUACUGAAUACAUUAUCUGACAGUAUAAAGUCACUGAUUUAGAGAGGAGUUAUCCACUUGCAUCAGCAGACAACAAGAUUCCUGGACAGGACACCAAAGACAGAAAAAAACUCACUUACAAUGAUCUGAUAUCAGGAUAUCACAUUCAACAUUUUGGUAAAACCAAAAAUUUGGUUUUCUGACAGAUGGUUGAUUUUCCUGGUCUUUGCGAUGAACAUAAUGGCAGUUGUUAAUACUUGUGAGUCAACCGUAGGUAUAUUAGGACAAUUUGCAGGAGCUGGACAUAGAUUUUGAUUACAGUUUUGUCGAUUU